AAAAAAAAGAAAACAGUCUAUCUUAAAGUUUACAAUUAAACCGCUUACAUCCAACAAGCACCAACCAAAAAAAAAUAAUAAAAAAUAUAGAUAUGUAAUAUAAUGUACUUAUCAAGAAACGUGGCUUAUUAUCAGUCUUUUAGCUUCCAAUCUGAACUUUUCAGGCGGGGCACUUUUUAAAUUGAUAGGGACAUCAUUGUAGAGAGCUGCUAUGUUAUAGCUAAAUGACCUUUCAAAAAGGGUCGUUUUAUGCUUAGGCGGUGUUAACAAGAAUUUAUGCCGGAGAUCUAGAUUGUGCGCCUCAAAUCUAAAUUUUAUUUUUUGGUACAAGUAUUCAGGUUGUUUUUUAAAGAUGAUUUUAUUAUAAAGGACUAGACUAUGUAAUCGUCUUCUCUCACUCAUAUCUAGCCACUUAAUUUCUUUCAGUUUUGCGCUAAUGCCUGUAUCGUAUUUUCUCAACCCAGAUAUCAUUCGCACACAAUAAUUUUGAAUAUACUGUAUUCGCUUUUGGUCACGUGACAGUAAGCAUGAACUGUAGAGCACGUCACAAAACGUGAAAUGUGACAGAACAAGGCUGUCACAAAGCAUUUUCUUCAUGUUACUGUUCAGCAGGUGUUUACUCCGAUAUAUUAAUUUUAAAUUAAUGAACGCCUUCUUAAUACAAUUGUCAAUAUGCUCUGUAAACCUUAAGCGAACAUCCAUGAAUAACCCUAGGUUUUUUGCCACAUGAGUACAUUUCAACACUUCAUUCUCCAGGCUUAUUUUGACAAAAUUUUCAUGUCUAUCUCUGCAUUGGGACCGUCCAAAAAGUAGGAGUUGGCAUUUUUUUGGAUUUAGUUCCAGGGAGUGCGCCUUAGAAAUAUUACAGAGGAGAGCCAAAUCAGAGGAUAAUUUCUCAUUUGCUACUAAAAUUUCGGAAGGAGGGAAGGACAGGUACAAUUGUGUGUCAUCAGCAUAUAGAUGAAUAGAAGCAUAUUUUAAAUUGCAGGUGAGCUGAGACGUGUAUAGGGUAAAUAGCAAUGGCCCAAGUAUGGAACCUUGAGGCACACCACUUGUAACGCAUUUAGAGGUAGAUUGUUGUCCUUGGAUUUUUACUGCUUGACUUCUUCCAGUGAGAUAACUUUUGAUAAGUUUACAAGCAUCGUUUUUAAAUCCCAGGUGUUGCAAUAUAGCCAGAAGUAAUUGGUGGUUUAAUCUGUCGAAGGCCUUAGAAUAGUCAAGCAAGACAAGUGUUGUGAGUUCACCACGAUCCGCUGCUUGCAGUAUGUCAUCCGUCACCUUUAACAGAGCUGUGGCGCAGCUAUAAUCUCUGCGAAAACCGGACUGAAAAGAAGGUAAUAAAUUAUAUUUAUCAACAUAAUUUCUGAUCUGUCCCUCUAGAAUUCUUUCAACUAUUUUAGACAUAGUGGGCAAUAUGCUUAUAGGCCUAAGCUCCGAUAGUUGGGUGGGCGAUGCAACCUUAGGAAUUGGUAAUAAAAAGGAACUUUUCCAGAUGCUCGGGAAAGAAGCCGUUUCAAUGCAGUAGUUUACCAAGUGAACAAUAAACGGAAUAAUGUCAGAGGAUGCGCAGAAAACCAUUCUAAGAUGUUCCAUUUGUGGCUACCAAACAAUACGUAGUACACGUUUUGAAAAACACCAGAAAAUUCACUUGGCACCGGUAGAUCGAGAGAUGUUUACUUGUGCGCACUGUGACAAACCAUAUAUAUCAAAACAGGGCUUAAAACAUCACAUUGAGGAUAAUCAUAUUGAUUCCAGAAAAAAGAAAUCGCAGGGAAAGGUCUAUAAAUGUGCAAUAUGUGACUAUGAAACACUAUGUCGCUCAAAUCUUGAACGACACAACAACGUUCACUUGGCACCGGAAGAACGACAGAUGUUUGCCUGUGAGCUGUGUGAUAAGAAAUGUAGAUCAAAAAAGGGUUUACAAUACCACCUCAAGAAUGCUCAUGUUGAUUUCAGAAAUGCUGAUUGUAUACCAACUGAUGAAGUCAUAUUAGAUUCUUUAAAAAUUGAAAUGGAUGAACUUACUUCCCUUUUGGAUGAUACUAAUUCUCAACGUAUAUCUGUGACUAAUGAAAUAAAAUCGGAAGAUUUUAUAAAAACAGAACCUGAUGAUGUCACUCCAAUUCUGAUUAAAGACAUGCACGAUGACUUUAAAAAUACCGAAUAUGUAGCGAAGAUCGAAGAUUUUAUAAAAAUGGAACCUGACGAUGACGUUCUGUUUCUGGAUAAAGAUACGCAUUUUUAAACGAAGAAAAUGUUCAUGACAUUGAAAAUUUUGCAAAAGUAUAAUUAAUAUAUUUGUGGUAUAACAACCCAGGGUCGUUCAACAAAAUUGAGGAGAUAAUAUUUUAACCAACUGUAUAACAAACAAUUUAAAUUAAAUAAAGGAACCUACGUUGU